GCGUGUCCUCGCGGGCUGUCACCGUUGAGGCUGUUCGGGCUGGUUAUGGAAAACUCUGGAAGUUUCCGCGCUGUUUAUAAAGAAAAUAUUCGGGGCGCAGCGCUCUGAGUUGAGACAGAGGACGUGCCACUUAAGUUCAUAUACAGCCGUUUCCGUUUACUAAAGAGGCUGCCGGAUUGUCAGAAUGGGUAAAGACUACUACGACAUUUUGGGAAUUAAAAGAGGAGCGUCGGAGGAUGAUAUAAAGAAAGCUUAUCGUAAGCAGGCUCUGCGCUAUCACCCCGACAAAAACAAGUCACCGGGAGCCGAGGAGAAAUUUAAAGAAAUCGCUGAGGCUUACGACGUUUUGAGCGACCCAAAGAAAAAGGACAUCUACGACCGUUAUGGUGAAGAAGGUCUGAAAGGCGGGGGCCCCUCAGGUGGUGGUGGUCCUGGCACCUUCAGCUACAGCUUCCAGGGCGACCCUCAUGUCAUCUUUGAAGAGUUCUUCGGUGGACGGAACCCCUUCGGACAGUUCUUUGGUGCCCGCAAUGGAGGCAUGGAUGAGGACAUGGACACUGACGACCCCUUUGCCCGCUUUGGGAUGGGCGGCGGUGGAAUGGGCGGCGGGUUCCCUCGCUCCUUCAGCACUGGUAUGGGAGGAAUGGGCGGUCACAGUAGCGUUGUAAAGAAGCACCAAGACCCCCCUGUGGUUCACGAUCUCCAGGUGACGUUGGAGGAAGUUCUGUCAGGUUGCACAAAGAAAAUGAAGAUCUCUCGUAAAAGGCUGAACCCCGACGGGCGAACGAUAAGGACAGAAGAUAAAAUCCUGGAGGUGCAGAUAAAGAAGGGGUGGAAAGAGGGCACGAAAAUCACAUUUCCCAAAGAGGGGGACGAGACUCCCACAAACAUUCCAGCUGACGUGGUCUUUGUGUUGAAGGACAAGACACAUCCGGUUUUCAAACGUGAGGGCUCUGAUAUCGUUUACACAGCAAAGAUCUCACUCAGAGAUGCCUUGUGUGGCUGCACAGUCAAUGCACCCACACUGGAAGGCAGAACGGUGACGGUGUCGACCACAGAUAUCGUGCAGCCAGGGAUGAAGCGACGCGUCAGUGGCGAGGGGCUGCCUUAUCCCAAGCGCCCCGAUCGUCGAGGUGACCUAAUAGUGGAGUAUGAAGUCAAGUUCCCAGAAAGGCUCAGCCAGAGCGCCCGGGACACCAUCGCUCAGGUCCUCCCGCGAUCUUAAACAAGACCAACGGACCGCCAGGUCUUUAGAAUUAUCACACUAAACUGCCAACUAUUUUGCCAACAUCAGACAAUAAAGGACAGACUCAUGGGACAGAUUGCUCUGUGUGUACACUGUAACCAUAGUGUAAAAACCACCUUGGGAAGAUUCUUACCAUGAAUGACUGCAGCAUUUCACAGGCUAGAAUGUAAAUAUAACAGACAUUGUUUGGUGAUUGGUUUACUAAAUAAGAAUAUAUUUUGAUGAAUAUAACUGUAUUAUAAUAUAUAAAAUAUAUGUGCUCUAUUCUGUGGGAACUGUUUUGUUGGUAAUAAAGGUUCUCUGAGAAAGA